GUCUCUGUUUAUUUCAAUGAUCAUGUCUUCUUGGAUUGAAUCGAAUGUAUUUGGUAUCCCUCAACAACUUCUUUCACGAUCUGAGGUUUCACUACGUUGAGAAUGGUUCCUCUCAUGGGUGGGGAAAAUAAUCUUAUGGAAGAAACAGCUGUUGUCGAAGAAGAUUCCUAUGAUGACGAGUUUGCCUGCGGAGAUCCACAAGUUGAGCCUCGUGUUGGAGAUGAAUUUCAGGUCGAGAUUCCUCCUAUGAUGUCUGCAUCCAAGCGUGCUGUGUUUCUUUCGACUCCUGUUGCUUUGGAUGAUUCUUCGAAUUCUUUUCUCGUCGGACUACCUGUCCAAGUGAUGUGGAUAGACAAACAUAGAAGAGGACAAGGAAAUGGAGAUGAUAAUGUUGACAUGAACCAAUCUUUGAAGUCUUUAAGAGCCCAAAAAAGCCGUUGCUCUGCCAAGAUCAGAGGAAAUAGUGACAAGAAUUCGGCCCCCAAGAAGCAAAGAUUGAAUCUUGAGGCUGUUCCUGCGAUACCGUCCAGUUCUUGGGAAGAUUUGGAGGUGGCUAGCUUUGUUCUUGGUCUGUAUACAUUUGGGAAGAACUUUACUCAGGUGAAGAAUUUCAUGGAGAACAAAGGAAUAGGAGAGGUAAUGUUGUUUUACUAUGGGAAGUUCCACAAUUCUGCAAAGUACCACAGUUGGUCUGAAUCCCGCAAGAAGCGCAACCGGAAAUGUGUAUAUGGAAGAAAGAUCUAUUCAGGUUGGAGGCAACAACAGUUGUUAACCCGUUUGAUGCCUUCUAUUCCUGAAGAACCUCAGAAACAGAUGCUUGUGGAUGUCUCAAAGUCAUUUGCUGAAUGUAAUAUCACUCUGGAGAAAUACGUAAACGCAGUGAAGAAUCUUGUGGGUCUCAGGCUUCUGGUAGACGCUGUGGCGAUUGGUAAAGAAAAAGAAGAUCUCACGGUUCCUACAUCAACACCAAUGAAGACCAAACCAUGGUUCACUGUUUCUUCAAAACCUUCUUCUGUCCCGGGCGUAGGGGAUUACAAUUCACUCACAUCCGCUGGCAUAAUAAAUCAAUUAACUGGCUGUUCGCGUCUGAGCAAAGCCCGUUGCAAUGAUAUAUUCUGGGACGCUAUAUGGCCGCGUUUGCUAGCCAGAGGAUGGCGUUCACAGCAGCCCGAGGACCGAGGCUAUUUCAAAUCUAAGGAUUACAUUGUUUUCAUUGUCCCUGGCGUGAAAAAGUUUUCAAGGCAGAAGCUUGUUAAAGGCGAACAUUACUUUGAUUCUGUCAGUGAUAUCCUAACAAAGGUUGUGUCUGAGCCUGAACUUCUUGAGUAUGAAACAGGAGGAGAGAUCAGAGACGUGGCUACCAACGAAUUCGUUGCUGCUGAGAACUCUUCUGACCAGUCAGAUGAAGAUUCUUCCCCUUCUGAUAGUCAAAGACACCGUUACCUCAAGUCUCCAUGUUCUAACCGUGGAACUCUGGGAAUGAAAUUCACUGUUGUGGACACUAGUUUGGCUGCUGGAGGAAAGUUGUGUGAUUUACGGAAUCUGAAUGCAGAGUCUCUAGUAGUUUCUGAGCCAAAGGCUCGUCUGGGAGCUAAAGAUUCUUCUGCGCUUAAAAAUUCCCUGGACAGUCAGAAUGUGGAAAAGUCUCAAGUGAGGCCUUUGGAUGCCAAGAACCAAGUGGAUGAUCCAAUGCGAUUCACGAUUAUUGAUACGAGUGUAGACCACUGCAAAAAAUCAUCUGGGUUUAGAAGAUGGAGGUAUUUACCAAGUGAUGACACAAAAAGGGGUUAUGUUGGGGCUGAUUCUGGUAUAAAGGAGGAGAAGAAUUUGGAGAAGGCUAAGGAUCCAUCAAAGAGGGUGAUUAAGCCUAGGUCUACCCCUCGAGCAGAAACUAACUAUCAUUCAGUAAAUUCUGCACCAUAUUUGAAACGCAGACGGCUCAGUGCUUGCAUUUCAAGAGAAAGUCCAGUGGUCAAGCAUUUACCAGGUGCUGAUGACACAAAAAGGACUGUUUGUCUUGAAUCAGAGCAGCAAAGUAUAUGUGCAGUCCAACACCAAAAUAUCACUUGUGAAGAGAUGAAUCUGGAAAAAGAGACUGUGCUGUCAGUUGAGCAUAUGAACUUAAAGUCUGAUCAAUCAAAAAAGACUGGAACUGGGCCGUCUUCUUCGCUUGUUGAGAUUCAAGAAACGACAGGGAUUGAACCAAGUGGGUUAAAUUCCAUCUCCGGUGUAGACAAGAACUGUUCUCCAGGGAAGAUAAGAGCUGCCCAUGAACUCAUUUCGGCAGAACAAAAAACAAAUGGGCUCUGUUCAGUGUCAGAGUCGGACAAAAAACGAGCUUCUUCCAAUGAUCUGGAACAAAAGCAAGCAGUUGAGCUCCCUUCCGUUUCAGGCUCGAACACCAAUGGGUCUCCUUCCAGUGAUCUGGGAACUACUCAAGAAGUGGGUUCAUCUAAAGAACAACACGACCAACAGGGUAAUACAGAUGGUCCUAGAAGACAGAGCACAAGAAAGCGACCAUUGACCACUCGGGCUCUGGAAGCUCUGGAAUCCGACUUUCUUACAACCAAGAGGAUGAAAAGCACGACUAAACCAGAACCGAGAAAACGUGAAAGUUCAACGAAGAAAAAGCGCUCAGCUAAAGCAUGUAACAGAAAUGGGAGUGCAGACUUGGAGCACAGAAGAGAAGAUAGAAGCAGUUUUAUAAAGAAAGCACCAACAAGUAAGCCCUUGGAUCAAAUAGAGGAUUUAAAGCCUAGCUAUCUUCUCAAUGAAGCAAGAACCGAGAGUAUGGCUCUGGAUCGAAUACAGGAGUCAAGGCCGGUCCUAACUGAAUACCGUAAACUUCCACCGAUUGUUUUGAAGCUUCCAUUCAGACGUGGCUAAGGAGCUUCACGGACUUAAGUCUGAAAGUUUUGAUCGCUGGAUGCGAGAAGAUUGGCCUUGCUGAAGAAUAAAUGUGUACAGAAGAGAGAAUUUUACACAAAGGGUUUAAUUCCUUUGUUAUUCUUAUUAUUUCCAUUAUUAGACAGAAGUAAUGUUUCUAUUAUUGGUUUGCUUGGGAGUUAUAUGAAGUAACUUAUCAUAUGGUUUAUAUCCAGAAAAAUUAAGUAGAAGAUUGAUG